GUUCUGCAGCAAAAUGAAGGAACGCAACGAACUCGACAAAAUGAUGGGCAAAAUGCUGGCCAUCAAAGAAAUGGAACAUCAUCUGAGCAGUCGUCGCAGCAGCGUCUAUGUUGAUCCCGAAUGUGAUAAAUUUUUUGAGCUGCCCCAAUUUAUGGGGGUCAGCACAAAUGACAUAACGACAAAAUGUCAAUGUUUUCAAUUUAGUCCAGGCAAAGAACCAGCCUUGCGUUCAUUUACCGAAAUCAAACAGCUGCUCGAUCAAGGCAAAAAACGUGAAGUGAAAAGUAUUUUACGUGAAAAUUCAUGGCCCAUUAAUUCACCGAUACGAUCACAAUUAUGGCCGGCACUGUGUGCCCAACACAAUACGAAACCACAAAUGGUUGAGGGUUUCUAUUGGGAGAUGGUUCAUCAGGUUUUCGGUACCACAGAACUAUCGGAAAAGCCCAUUAUGUUACCAGCAUUUGUUGAUGCAACCCAUUGCCUGCCGUAUCAUUUAACGCGUACCGGUCGAGCGGUAGCCGAUCGUAUUGUUAAUGUAUUGGGUUAUGAUUGUCCAGAUAUUACUUACAGUCCAGUAUUGUAUCCAAUUGUAUCGAUCUUAUUGCAUUUUAUGUCGGGUAA